CCCAAAACUUAUCUUUACUUUUUCGCUCUUUCUCUUAUCCAAAAAAAUAUUUGUUCACCAUUUAAAGUAAAAAGAACCAUUUAUAUCAUCAAGAAAGGUAAACAAGAAAGGAAAACAUGAACACAAACAAUCAUGGCCUUCUCAUAAGGAGCUUAGUCUUCGUAUUUUCACUUCUUUACUUCCCCUACUUAGCCAUAUCGGAGACUCCGUGCCCGUACCCGUGUUACCCGCCGCCCAUUGGCGGUGGCUCCUCCACGCCGUCAACAACUCAACCACCACCGUAUCCUCCUCCAGCCGUCAACUACCCUUCUCCGGCUGGGUAUUUACCAAAUAACCCUUCUCCACCAUACAACGGUGGAGGCGGUAGUGGCGGCAGCUUCUAUGGCCCUCCACCGCCCGAUGCUAUAUUGCCUUACUUCCCCUACUACUAUAGAAAACCUCCUCACCAAAUGGAUCAAACGUCGUCGUCUUCACUCGUGGCGGUUCCAGGGAAAUUGAUGGUGAGGAUAGUAGCCGUGGCAAAUCUUGUAGUGGUUGGAGUUCUCGGUAACAUUUGGUUUAUAACUUAAUUAAUUUCUAGUGGAAAAUUUUCAUAUGUUAUAUAAGUAUUGUAAUACUUUAUAAUAUACCGCAGAGGAACUACAGCAGAACAAAAAAUAUGUUGAUUCUAGAGGUUAAGAACUUUAUUUGUAAUAUUUCUUUUAUGAUUAUAAUUACUCAUUGUCAUUA